CUCUCGCCGGCAGCUCGGCGGCCACUGGGCGAGGGCGGGCCGCCGGGAGAGCCUGCAGGCCGCGGGUCGCGUGCGAGCUCGCCGCCGUCCGCCAGCGGCGACGCGGCCGACCGCCGGGCGGCAGGCGCCUUCGGCUCGGCGCGGGGCUCUUGCUCGUCAAACCUCGGGGAGGCCGGGGCGGCGCCGCUCCUCACGCCGCCGUCCCAGCCGAUCCCGCUGCUGGCGCCUCCCUCCGGCCGCAGCUCCGCGGAGCGUGGGCCUCUGGCCCGCGCGCUCGUCGGGCGUGGGUGCCCAGAGCCGGGCGGGGAGGACGAGAUAUCGCCCAUCUCGCGCGACGCCGCGGUGUCCUUCCCGACGCUGUUUGGGUGGCCGCAGCAGGCGCCCCCGCGGCGCGUGGACGACGCUGGGGCGCCACCCUGGCCGAUGUCCGCGGGCGGUGAGGCCCCGCGAGCAGGCGACAGGGGGCACAGCUACUCGCCGCUGCUCGCCGUGGGGCACGAGCCCUCGUGCUCGAAGGACUCCUUCGCGUCGCCCGGCGAGGUACUGAGGCUGCUGCAGGACGUCCAGCAGGCGUCCCCAGCGAAGGCGCCGGCGGCGCUGAGCGGCGGCGAGGAAUCGCGGGGCGAUUGCAGUCCCGCCCGCGAGGACCGCUGGGCGGCGGCGCCACAGGACGCGUCGCGGGAGGUGGCCCGGGUGCGCGCGAGGAUCACCGCAGAGCUGGACUGCCUCACCGAGGCGCUGGCAGAGAGCUUCGCAAGUGGCCCUGCCGCGGUGAGAAGGGCAGACUGA